AAAUCAUAGAGAUUAGUUGUAAUAAAAACCAUCUCACCAUAUCUUGGCUAUAUAGUUCUUUUAUCAACUUGUGAAUCUUUCCUAUAAAAAACGGACAAAAUUCAUUCAAUUUAAUUUAUACAACCUUUUGGCCAACUUGUGAAACAUGGCAAUUUGGCUAAUGUUAGUGCUUAUAUUGUCUGGUUCAAUUUAUCCUAAAUCAUUCUCAACACAUGCUAUCAACACAAAAAAGACCAAACCAAUUGGCUUCCCUUUUUCGUUCAUUCAGCGAGAGCAAGCACAAUCCUCUCUUAAUUCAAAAGCUUUUGUUAGGCUAUAUGAAGAGAAGUUCUACACACAAAUUCUUGAUCACUUCAACUUCAAUCCAAACAGCUACUCAACAUUCCAACAGAGGUACUUAAUCAACGACACUUUCUGGGGUGGCCCCAAAGGAAAUUUCCCGAUAUUUGUCUACACAGGAAAUGAGGGAGGAAUCGAAUGGUUCGCACAAAACACCGGCUUCAUGUUCGAAAUUGCACCCACUUUCAAAGCAAUGCUAGUUUUCAUCGAGCAUAGGUAUUACGGGGAGUCAAUGCCUUACGGGGGGAGUCAUAAGAGAGCGUAUUCGAAUUCCAAGACGCUCGGUUACUUGAGCGUGACUCAGGCGCUUGCGGAUUACGCGACUUUGAUUCUCGAUCUUAAGAAGAAUCUGACAGCCGAAAAUUGUCCUGUUGUAGUCUUCGGAGGUUCUUAUGGCGGAAUGUUGGCUGCAUGGUUCAGAUUGAAGUAUCCUCAUGUGGCUAUAGGGGCUUUAGCCUCCUCAGCUCCUAUUCUAAAUUUCGACAACAUUACUUCGCCGUAUAGUUUCGACGAUGUCAUCACCAAAGAUUUUCGGGUUGGUCCUUUUUUUUUAUUUAUUUUUUCACUGUAGUUCCUUCUCAUUCUUUUACAAGAAAGUUAUGAUCUUUGGCCUUCAUGAGAUUUGAUUUUAGUUUUCCAACAAACAUAGUUACUUUUGUUUUUCUUUGGUAAAGUGAGAUCAUGACUCUGUU